GAUGCAAGGUUGAGUCCUCAGCUGGCUGAGGUAAACACUGCAGCCAUUGUUGUCACCUGCAUCAUUAACCUGUCCUGGACAGUGCUGUAACAGUGUUGCUCUUCGCCAUUGAUCACUUCCGGAGAAAUGGCAGAUCAAGACAUCUUAACUACCCUGAAAAUCCUCAUAAUUGGUGAGAGUGGCGUCGGAAAGUCGAGCCUCUUGUUACGGUUCACUGAUGACACUUUUGACAUCGAGCAGAGUGCAACCAUCGGUGUAGACUUCAAGGUUAAGACUAUCACAGUCGAAGGCAACACAGUAAAACUUGCCAUAUGGGACACAGCAGGACAGGAAAGGUUUCGCACCCUGACACCAAGUUACUACCGAGGAGCUCAAGGUGUGAUCCUUGUGUAUGAUGUGACCAAGAGGAACACCUUUGCCAAGCUGGACAUGUGGCUCAAUGAACUAGAGACUUACUCCACUCGCACAGAUAUUGUCAAAAUGCUGGUGGGGAAUAAGAUUGAUAAGGAGAAAGUUGAGGUGAGCAGAGAAGAUGGACUGAAGUUUGCCCGUCGUCAUGCCAUGUUGUUCAUUGAAGCCUCAGCCAAGACCAGGGAUGGAGUGCAAUGUGCCUUUGAGGAGUUGGUACAGAAGAUUGUUCAGACGCCAGGUUUGUGGGAGAUGGACCACCGGCCUCAGGGAGGCUUCAGUGUCACCAACCAGAGGGAAGACAUGGACAACUACUGUAGCUACUGCUCUGUGCUCUAAGGGCCUUCUGAAAGUCAGUGAGCUUGUUACUGUACCGUUGGAUGUCUCGUGACAAUAGGUGCAUUAUAUCUACUCAGAAGAGGCACUGUUGUUGAAGGGGACCUUAUCAUUUUUGCAUUUUUAAAAGGCUGGAGGGAAGAUGUGUGCAGCUCACAGGCCCAGUGGCUCAGAGGGUUAUUCAGUGCAUAGUUGUGGUGGGUCUUGUCAUUGAUGGGGGUUGGGUGGGGCAGUGUUACUCUUAUUAGGCUUUUGUACACUGUUUUAAUUUCAGUACCAGAUAAUGAAGGUGCUCAGUACUCUUCUGAGCUGCACAAGCAUUUCAUUGUGUGUAAGGAUCUGAAAAGUUAGGGUUGCUGAGCACCCAGUGAAUUCAGAUGCAGAUUUAAAGAUAAAUAUUUAUUUUCUUUAGUCAGGCAAGAUAUUUGAUCAGGAUGUACAGUUUAUCAGAGGGAUUGGUACUAACCUGUAGGAUGUUGGUUUUUAUUUAGGUGUUCAUUGAUGGUCCAGAUUCCUUUUUUAGUUUAUAAUUUAGAAUUUUGUAUCUUUUGUAAACAUUUCUGGCAUUUUCUUUAAGGCCCAAAACUUCCUCAAGUGUCAUUGCAACUUCCACGAUGUUUGACCCGAAUUGAUGUUUUGUGAAGUGGUAAUGAUGUUUCCUUAGGAGUUUUGUAACAUACUUUGUUAUUAAGGACUCUAUUAACUUAACAUAUACUUGACAGGAUCAGAGUCCUACAUAAUAUUAUAUACUUGUAGUAUUUGUAAUCGCAUGUCUCACUUGAGGCAGUCAGCAGUGACAGCAGCAAAGGUUGAUAUAUUCCUUUGCACACACACACACACACACACACACACACACACACACACACAC